CCCCUGCCUUUCUCUCCAGGGAUUCUUUGGACAGCGACCAGCUACUCGCCAGGUACACCCGAAAGAGUCAUUGGCAGAAAAAAAGUGUACAACACCACCACAUCCGCUGCUCCCCUAUAAUUUCCCUUCUAUUCUUGACCUCUACACAUUUCAGAAACUGACAGCUGCCCAACCCCUUACCAUGUCAACCUUUGGGACUCACUUCAGGGUCACCACGUAAGUCAUACCCCUCCUUUCCCCCCUCCAACACCUACAAACUGUCGUCCGUUUACUAACCAUUUUGUAAAGCUAUGGAGAAUCGCAUUGCCGUUCGGUAGGAUGUAUCAUCGACGGAGUCCCUCCUGGAAUGGAGCUCACCGAAGAUGACAUCCAACCUCAAUUGACACGACGACGACCCGGUCAAAGUGCCAUCACUACACCCCGCAAUGAGCAAGACAUUGUCGAGAUCCAGUCCGGCACCGAGUUCGGCGUCACACUAGGAACCCCAAUUGGGAUGCUGGUACGAAAUAAGGAUCAGAGACCCAAAGACUAUGGCAAUUCAACCAUGGAUCUCUUCCCACGGCCGAGCCAUGCUGAUUGGACAUACUUGGAGAAAUACGGCAUCAAGGCAAGCAGUGGAGGUGGACGAAGCAGUGCAAGGGAAACUAUUGCGCGCGUGGCAGCAGGCGCAAUUGCUGAGAAAUACUUGACAUUGUCACAUGGCAUUGAGAUUGUCGCUUUUGUUUCGUCUGUUGGACCAGUUCAUAUGUUUCCACCUACCGCACUGCAUCCUACGCCUUCCGCCAACCCAGCCUUCCUUGAUCUCAUCGAGACGAUCACACGGGAAACGGUGGACAAAUUUGUCCCCGUCCGGUGUCCAAACGAGGAAGCCUCGAAGCGAAUGGAAAAAGAAAUCGAGGAAGUUAGGGAUGAUCAUGAUAGUAUUGGAGGAACAGUGACCUGUGUUAUUCGAAAUGUACUAAGUGGGUUGGGAGAGCCAUGCUUCGAAAAGAUGGAGGCUAUGCUUGCUCAGGCUAUGCUGAGUAUUCCUGCUUGCAAAGGCUUCGAGAUUGGCUCUGGCUUUGGCGGUGGUGAGGUUCGUGGAUCUAAACAUAAUGAUCCUUUCGUCGUGGCGCCUGAAGUUCCUCCAAUGGAGACUGGAGCGUCCAGAAAUGGCACUAAGAGACCGAAACUAACAACAAAGACGAACAAUUCUGGCGGAAUUCAAGGUGGUAUCACCAACGGGGCACCUAUCUACUUCCGCGUGGUGUUCAAGUCUGCAGCUACAAUUGGGAAAGCUCAAGAGACAGCAAUGUACAAUGGGGAGGGGAUGGGAACUCUGGAAGCAAAGGGAAGACAUGAUCCAUGUGUUGUUCCUCGUGCUGUGCCCAUAGUGGAGGCGAUGGCUGCGUUGGUUGUUAUGGAUGCACUGAUGAUUCAACAGGCAAGGGAGCAAUCGAGACGUGUACUUCCUCCUCUGAAGAAGAAAGAUCCACCCAAUGGUGAGAAAUCUGUUGGCGUCAACGGUGUUUAG